GGUCUUGAGAGCGCAAACUGUAUGUAACCACUCGUCUUUGCCUCUCCUGAGGGGAAGACUGCCUGGGCUAUAUCAUGACCGAGUCCUCGUCGCCCGCCUGUCUCUCCACCGCCCUGCCAUUGAUGUUCGUCGAGACGUAGCCCACCCACCAAUCGCCGGCCAUGGAACCCCAGCCGCCGCGGGGCCCGUCUCCGGCCACCUUCGCACAGCACCACCACCGCCAGCACCGCGCGCCCGAGAGCAGCCCCUACGACCGCGAGCAUGCGCGCGCCGAGCAGGACAGACACCAGCAGGACGCGCCGCGGGUGGAGCGCGGCAGCAAGGGCAGCAGCCGGAGCCACGCCCACGACUCCGUCAUCUCGCACCCGCUCUCGCCAAAGGCCCCGUCGCCGCCAAGCCCCAGCAGCAGCAGCGUCUCCUCUGCACGCCGGCACCGCUCGAUAUCAGAGAUCCAGCAUGCCCCCGCUGUGAGCGAUGCCGUGUCCUAUCCGCCGCGCGCGCACCUCGACCCCGAGAAGGCCGCGUCCUCGCCGCGCAGCCAGCGCUCGCCGACCCGUGUUUCAGCGUCCAAUGCAGAUGUCACAGCCGCCGUGAUAUACGACUCUGGCGAAUACCACGACAAGGGGCCCGAAGACAAGCCGGUGCAGCUGCUGCUCUUCCUCUCCGGCCCCUGCGCGCUGCUCUCCCUGCUCAUCACCCUCUGGACCCUCGUCGCGCUGCUCAUCGCCCUCCUCCUGCAACCAUUCCGCCUCUUCUCCUCCCGCCCGACGCUCCCGACACAGCUCACAACCUUCCUCGCGCCCCCGCUGAACCUGCAGCUGCACCUCGUCUACUCCUACGCCGCCUCCACCGAGUACAGCGCGCCGAUGCUCGUCGUCAUCCACCUGUUCUCCCCCUUCGUCGCCAUCGGCGUCGCCAUAGCCGCCUGGACAGCGGCCUGCUUCUGGUUCUUCUCCGCCAUCCUCGGCGAUCCUGCUGGACAGGACGGCCACAACGACGGGAAAGAGAGCAUUCUAGGCGUGCGGAACUGGUGGGAUAGAUGGCUCUCGCGGGGCCUGAGGUAGCCUCCGCCUCCGUCUCCCCCUCUCCCCCGCUGUUGCGAACCACGCCGGCCGACGAUGACUGUUAUGAUAAUACCUUUUUAUGCUGCGUUAUUGGCGUCGAUUUUUUUCUGCUUCGGCAAAAGCAACAUUUUCUGCAUGGAUACGGCGUUUUUCUGGGGUUGUGAGACCGGAUUGGAUAUAAUGGUGUGCUUUUGUCUUAAAAUAAGACCGCAUCGGCGUUCUCAUU